AUGUUCAGGCUGCUGCUCCUGCUGUUUUUAACAUGGAUGACCUCAGCGCUGGUCAGCAUACCUCUUAGACGGACGCGCUCAAUUCGUACUCGAUUGCGAGCUGAUGGCCUGCUGAAUGAGUUCCUGAAGGAUCACGCCCCUGACAUGAUUAACCGCCGUUACGCUCAGUGCUUCCCGUCCAGCACGCCGUCACUGAGGCUCGGACGCACCAGCGAGAGGAUCUACAACUUCAUGGAUGUAAGAAGAACAACACUGAGAGUCAGGGUUGCUGGGAUCACCACACUUUGUGCCCCUGCUGCGUUUCAGGCUCAGUUUUAUGGUGAGAUCAGUUUGGGGACUCCAGAGCAGAACUUUUCUGUGAUUUUUGACACCGGAUCAGCUGACCUCUGGGUGCCAUCAUCCUACUGCAUCAGCGAGGCCUGCGCGCUCCACAAGCGUUUCAAGGCAUUUAAAUCAGCUUCGUUCAGGCAUGAUGGUCGGAGAUUUGGGAUUCACUACGGAUCAGGUCACCUGCUUGGAACUAUGGCCAGAGACACACUGAAGAUUGGUGAUCUAACCAUCCUGAACCAAGAGUUUGGGGAGUCCGUUUACGAACCUAGUGAAUCAUUCCUGACGGCGAAGUUUGACGGUGUUCUGGGAAUGAGUUACCAAUCCCUUGCAGAGGUUCUGGGCACCAAUGUUUUUGACAACAUGAUUGCACAGAAGCUAGUGGACCAGCCAGUGUUCUCCUUUUACCUGAGCAGAAAAACUAGCCGUACCAAUCCAGCAGGGGAACUGUUGUUAGGUGGAACAAACGAAGCGCUGUAUAUUGGACCAAUCAACUGGCAUCCUGUCACUGCCAAGGGGUAUUGGCAGAUCAAGAUGGACAGUGUGGCAGUACAAGGUGUGAACUUGUUUUGUCCAAGUGGAUGUCAGGCGAUUGUUGAUACUGGAACUUCCCUCAUUGCUGGACCAACCAAUGACAUUCUGAGGCUCCAACAGCUGAUUGGAGCAACACCCUCAAACUUCGGAGAGUUUGUUAUCGACUGUGCCAGGUUGUCCAGUUUGCCUCAGGUGACUUUUGUCCUGAAUGGAACAGAGUACACACUAACAAGUGAACAGUACAUCAGGAAGGAGACACUUGGCAAGAAUGAGUUCUGUUUCAGCGGUUUCCAGGCUAUGGACAUUUAUUCAAGCACAGACCCUCAGUGGAUUCUGGGAGAUGUAUUUCUGACAGAGUACUACUCCAUCUUUGAUAAAGGGCAUGACCGGGUCGGCUUAGCACGUGCCAGACACCCUCCUGAACCAUAA